AUGCCGGUCGAAGGUUCUGAGGACCAAGUGCCUUCAUCUCUCUCCAGUCCAGCAAGUGCAGCACUCACCCCAGGAGGGGCAGAUGAGGAUGGAGCUGCAGGAGGUUCAGGACUCUGCUCUUUUCCCGACACCAGUAAGGGCUCUGAGGCAGCUGCAGCCUUUCCUGCCAACACUGGACCUGGAGAAAGCAACAGUGGUGGUAAGAGGUCUGGAGCAUUAUUGCAGAUCAACAGACAGCGUAUACAAGCAGCUUGUGCCAGUUCAGGGGCAGAUGAACUACAAGGCCUCGGUGUGGCCGUGUAUGAUCAGGACAUUCUUGAGCAAGGUGUCCUCCAGCAAGUGGAUGAGGCAAUACAGGAGGCCAAUCAAGCCUCGGCUAAGGCUGAGGCUGAGAAGGAGUACCAGUCUGUGUUGGAUGAUGUCAGGUCUGUUACCUCAUCUCUGAAGCAAAUUAACAAGAUAAUUGAGCAGCUCACGCCUUACGCUGCUUCCAGCAAAGAUAUAAGUCGAAAGAUUGAAUCUGUCAAGCGACAGAAGGAGAAUAAGGAAAAACAGCUAAAGAAAGUCAAAGCAAAACAGAGACGACUUCAGGCUAUUCUGGGAGGUGAAGAUGCCCAGAGAGUUGAAGAUGAGCUUUUAGCUGAAUGUGAUGAUGAAGAAGAAGCCGGACCGUCCACACUGGGCAGCAUGCUCAUGCCAGUUCAGGAGACUGAAUGGGAGGAGCUUAUUCGAAAAGGGCACAUGACUCCUUUUGGAACCCGAAUCCCUCAAAAAGAGGACAAGAAGGAGCCUCGAAAAAUUAUGCUGGCUGAGAAUUCUGCCUUUGACCAGUACUUGUCUGAUCAAGCUAAGUUAGCAACAGAAAGGAAGAAAGGUCCUUCUUUGAAGAAAAAGAAGUCCUCAGGACUCAGACCUGACAAGAAAGACAGUGUAAAAACCCAAAAAAAACUUUCUCCCAAGGACAAAAAGCUUAAGAAGCGCAUGAGAAAACUUCAGAUCACUGCUCUGAAGGCUCAUCCAAAAGCUCGGCCUAAGAAUGAGCCUCAUCCACCUAAACUAAAGAGGAAGCACCGUACAGAUGGAGAGGAAACUGAGAGUGAUGGUUCAGAGUAUCUGCCCUCUGAUGAGGUCAUAGAUCCUGAUGAGGAAGAGAGACAAGCCAUGGAGGAGGGAUUUGGAGAGGAGGGAGAUGACGAAGAGUACGAGUUAAAACUAUUUAAUAGAAGAAAAACUGACGGGAGGGCGAGGAAGAACGCUAAGACAAAGCAGGACAGCGAGGAGGAAUACUGCCCAGAAAGUUCAGGCGAGGAAGAGGAGGAAGGGAAGGGUAAACUGAAGAAAUUCAAAGAUGAUGGAGAUGUGGAGUACUACAGACAGAGAAUAAGGAAAUGGAAGCGUCAGCGUCUUCGAGAAAGAGAGGAGAAGAGGCAAAGAGGCGAAGAGCUCACCGACGACAGUGACGCCGAGUUUGAUGAAGGCUUCAAAGUGCCAGGAUUCCUCUGGAAGAAACUUUACAAGUACCAGCAGACAGGUGUGCGAUGGCUGUGGGAGCUCCACUGUCAGCAGGCAGGGGGCAUCCUGGGAGAUGAGAUGGGACUGGGUAAAACCAUCCAAGUCAUCAGCUUUCUGGCUGGUCUGAGCUACAGCAAACUCAGGACCAGAGGAUCCAACUACAGGUAUGCAGGUCUGGGGCCGACAGUCAUUGUGUGCCCAGCUACAGUCAUGCACCAGUGGGUGAAGGAGUUUCACACCUGGUGGCCUCCUUUCAGAGUGGCUGUUCUGCAUGAAACCGGCUCCUUCACUAGCAAUAAGGAAAGGCUCAUUCCAGAAAUAGCAGCAUGCCACGGUAUCCUGAUCACCUCAUACUCAGCUGUCAGGAAUAUGCAGGACACCUUCCAGCGGUACGACUGGCACUACACAAUACUUGAUGAGGGCCAUAAAAUAAGGAAUCCAAAUGCUGGAAUUACCACAGCCUGUAAACAGUUUCGGACUCCCCACAGGUUCAUUCUCUCAGGCUCUCCUAUGCAGAACAAUUUAAAAGAGCUGUGGUCUCUGUUUGACUUCGUCUUCCCGGGCAAAUUGGGAACAUUACAAGUGUUCAUGGAACAGUUCUCUGUGCCAAUCACUAUUGGGGGCUACAGCAACGCCUCACCUGUACAGGUCCAGACAGCGUUUAAGUGUGCAUGUGUGCUGAGGGACACCAUAAAUCCUUACCUGCUCAGACGGAUGAAGGCAGAUGUCAAGGCCAAUCUCUCCUUGCCUGACAAAAAUGAACAGGUCCUGUUUUGCAGAUUAACAGAAGAACAGAGGCAGGUGUAUCAGGGCUUCUUAGAUUCCAAAGAGGUCUACCAGAUACUAAAUGGAGACAUGCGGGUGUUCUCUGGUCUGAUAGCGCUCCGUAAGAUCUGUAACCACCCUGACCUUUUCUCGGGCGGUCCCAAGAUGCUGAGGGGAAUCCCCGAGGACCAGCUGACAGAGGAGGAACACUUUGGCUUUUGGAAACGCUCUGGGAAGCUGAUUGUGGUGGAGUCACUGCUGCGUCUCUGGUUCAAACAGGGCCACAGAGUUCUCCUCUUCACUCAGUCUAGACAGAUGCUGGACAUUUUGGAGGUGUUUGUAAGGGACAAUAAUUACUCCUACCUAAAAAUGGACGGCACCACCACAAUAGGUUCCCGACAGCCGCUCAUCGCUCACUACAACGAGGAUCAAUCCAUAUUUAUCUUCCUGUUAACCACCAAGGUUGGAGGUUUGGGAGUGAAUCUGACUGGAGCCAACAGAGUUAUACUCUAUGACCCAGACUGGAACCCCAGUACUGACACACAGGCAAGAGAGAGAGCAUGGAGGAUCGGUCAGAAGCAGCAAGUGACCAUCUACAGACUGCUGACGGCAGGAACCAUCGAGGAGAAAAUCUACCACAGGCAAAUCUUCAAACAGUUUCUCACCAAUCGGGUUCUGAAAGACCCCAAACAGAGACGCUUCUUUAAGUCCAACGACAUGUAUGAACUCUUCACCCUGUCUGACCCCGAUGGUAAACAGGGAACAGAGACCAGCGCUAUAUUUGCAGGUACGGGCUCUGACGUCAAGGUACCAAAGAAAACAGAGAGACCAAAACCACCACAUAUGUUGAACAAUGGCAGGAAGAGUGAGUCCAGGGCCGAAACAGGGGAAAACAACAGACACUCAACAAACACGACUUCACUGAAGGACAGAAUUGCGGCUGUGGGGAGGAGCAGCAGCUCGCAGGUUAAACUGAACGCAUCAACAGACAGUAAAAGCAGCAACCAAACAGGAGUCAAUGUGAAACCAGAUACCUCAGCAAAUGUGACACAGACAGAACAAAACGACAGAGACUGGACCUCAGUCCGACCCAUGUCCAGUAACUCCACCAGAGAUGAAGACUCAGCCCUGACAAGUCCACAGAAGCACAGGAAAAAGAGGAAGCACUGUGACUCCGACAAGCACAGUCACAGGAAAAGCAAACACUCCAGAGGUUCCGCCUUUGAAGGCCAGCGCAUCUCUCACCUGGUGAAGAAAAGGACCUACAAGAACGAAGAAAAGGAGGACAAUGAGACCAGAGACCAGAAGAAAUCAGACGAUUACGUCCUGGCAAAGCUCUUCAAGAAGUCUGGUAUCCACAGCGUGAUGCAGCAUGACAGCAUCAUCGAGUCCUCCAACCCAGACUUUGUUCUAGUGGAGGCAGAAGCCAACAGGGUGGCUAAGGAUGCUCUGAAAGCACUAAAGGUCUCGCGGCAGCAGUGCAGACUGCCCUUUAACAGACCUCCUCCUGCACCUGCAAGGAAACGGUUUGGGCAAAAGAAGAAUUCUCUGCUGGCUACACCUUUUGUCCAGUCUGCUCCUCUUCCCACUAAGUGCAAGGACGCUGCGGUCGUAAAGAAGUCGGUGUCAAAGAAGCCAGGCUCAGCGGCUCUGUUCAGUGGUGAGUGGGCAGAAGGUGACUCUAACACAGCACCACUCUCCUCCUCCUCCCUGCUGGCCAAAAUGAAGGCCCGCAAUUUCAUCAGUGUGCCCUCCAGCCAAAGAGGAGGAGAAGAAGAAGAGGAGAAUGAUGAGGACAGCACCAGGCCUCCUGAAAGGAGCUCCCCCUCAGCUCCGUCCACUCAGCAUGACGAGCUGCUGGCAGAUUUACACAACUUUGUGGCCUUCCAGGCAAACGUGGACGGACAGGCCUCCACCCAGGAGGUGCUGGAGUAUUUCAAACCCAGACUGACCAAGGAGCAAGCACCGGUCUUCAGAGAGCUGCUCAGGAGCAUCUGUAACUUCCACAGGACUUCUGGACAAGAGGGCAUCUGGAAACUCAAGGAGCAAUUCCAAUAAGGGAAAGGAAGUGGAGCAAAGAUUCAAAUGUGACUAACAAGCAAACUUUGUGCAAACCUGUGUCAAAUGAAAAGUUCUCCUACUACAAAACUGUACAAGCAAAUCUUCUAUACUGUCAGUAUUUUUACAGGAAAAUAUUUUACUUUGCAAAAAAAACCUAUUUAUCUCACGACAACCUGGUUUACACUUUCUGCACAUUUUGAUUCUGACAAAAAUUUUUUUUACUGUUUAUACUUGAAUUCAAUGUUGUUGUUUUGUUUGCUUCCAAGGAAAAACAACAAACAUUUUCCUGCAGUAAUGAUUCACUCCAUGUGUUGACCACAACUUGACAGAUUUGUAAUACUAUAUGUCUCUGUGAAAUAUAACAGGGAAGCGUUCCGUCUUGUAAAUACGACUAAAUCACUGCAGUGAUGGUGAACAAUUGUAAUGACUGACCUUCCUUAAACUGUGUACGGUCUGGGAACAAUGACAGAUUUGAGUCCACUGGUCUGCAGCAGUGAGACCAGAUGCAGGUAUUUGGGUGGCAUGUAUUUCAAAUAAUGAUUAAAAACAAGUGCUGCUUGUUGGGACUCGAACGUUGACUAGUUAGUGACCACUAUGUGGUGUGUUAAUUGUCUAAAGAAGGGACUGAAAUAUGGGAUACAACUGUUUUAAAAUUCAACACAGUCGACCUCCGUUAACGUGACUUUUUUUGCUUGACCUGAUUGCAUACAACUAUUUGAGCACCAACAGGUCAAAGGUCAAUGUCAUAUUUUGAAAAACGUUUAAAAAUUUUGAAAACUUUCAAGGAACACAUGAAACUCACGUGCAUGCGUUAUUGUACAACUGUGACCGCUACGUGGCGCUGUUUCACGGGAACUACUCUGUCUUAUAUUUGAUUUGUCUGCGUAAUAAUUCGUCAAACUUUACAAAACAAAACGGACCAAUUAGUGCCAGGUUUAGGACAUGUGUCCAAGAUACUUAAGGACAGACGUUGACUAUUUACAUGUAUAACAUAUUUGAUGUAUUUUUCGUUUCCUGUUUAUCGUAUGGUUUUACCAAGGCAAGACGACGGUACGCAUGUAUUUUCUGUUUAGGUUUUUUUAGUAAAUAUUUGACGCGGGCUGUUAUAAACACAGUUUUUCUAUUUAUGACGUAUUUCCCACUUGUGAUAUCAGGUGAAAACAUACCGAAUGUCGAUCAAUAUGAUGUCCUAGAGUCCGCUGUUCUUAAAUAUCGGUGAGUUUAUUGGUUCACUUCUCCAGUUUUGCCAAAUAUCAAACUUUUUUCCCCAAUGGUGCUUAUAUGUAGGGCCAUCGUUUUUUGAAUUUUAUGCAACACAAAAUGAUUCAGGUUCAUAGUCGGGUCUCACGUUCUUUUUCCUGUAAUUGUGUUCUUCAGUGGCUGUCAUUGUCAACAGGCCUAAAUCCAUGUGCAUAAAGUCAUGCAAUAAAUCCUUAAAACUUCCA